CGUUUGGCUGCAGGGAGCUUCGUAACUCUGGCAGCCUUGCGUACUCUCGUAUUCCCAAGUCAUUCUUUGAGCUUUACCACAGCUCCCCACGCACCUUUUCACACUCCAUCUAGACAUUUUCGGUUUUAACACAUUUCACCAUGGCGUCAGGAUACGACAGAGCUCUUUCCGUAUUCAGUCCGGACGGACACGUCUUCCAGGUGGAAUAUGCCGGUGAAGCUGUCAAGCGAGGUACCUGCGCGGUCGGUGUGAAGGGCGCAGAUAUCGUCGUGCUCGGUUGCGAGAAGAGGUCGGCUAUGAAGCUGCAAGACACGCGCAUUACCCCUUCCAAGAUCGGUCUUAUCGACACCCACGUCUGCCUCGCAUUUGCCGGUCUGAACGCCGACGCCCGAAUUCUAGUAGACAAGGCGCGACUAGAAGCGCAAUCGCACCGCCUCACAGUUGAGGAUCCCGUAUCAAUCGAGUACAUCACCAAGUACGUUGCCGGCGUACAGCAGAGAUAUACGCAGAGCGGUGGUGUGCGACCCUUCGGAAUCAGCACGAUGAUCGUAGGCUUCGACAAAAACAGCAAAGUACCCAGACUUUACCAGACCGAACCGAGCGGUAUCUACUCCGCAUGGAAGGCAAACGCCAUCGGCCGCUCGAGCAAGACGGUCAGAGAAUUCUUAGAGCGCAACUAUAAGGAAGACAUGGAUCGCGAGGCAACCAUUCGACUGGCUAUCAAGUCGCUACUAGAAGUCGUGCAGACGGGCGCGAAGAACAUCGAAAUCGCCAUCAUGGCUCCCGGAAAGACUCUGGAGCUGCUACCGGUGGAAGAUAUCGAGGGUUACGUCAAGAACAUCGAACAAGAGAAGCAGGAGGAAGCCGCCAAGAAGAAGACUGGCCGGACACCAGGAACAGGUAGCGCGGCCAUUUUGACUAGAGAGCAAGGUGGCAGUGAUUAAACAUGAGACGUAGCCAAAGCUUUUACAGGCCUCUAAAAAAGGAAUCAUAGGGCAUAUCACUAUUUGUACACUACCCGCCCAGAAGCAUGC